AUGAUGGGAACCAUCGAGGCCGAAUUAAAAUUAGUCAUUGCUGGUAACCAUGACAUAUCUCUCGACCAGCAGAAUCGGGUUCAAGACAUGUCCAACGAUGAGUACUCCCAAUACCAUCGAUGCGCCUUUGAAAUCAUGACAGGUCGGUUGGCAAAGGAUGCUGGUGUUACUUAUCUUGAGGAAGGGACUCAUGAAUUCACACUCCAGAAUGGUGCUCACUUCACUAUAUAUGCAUCUCCAUAUACAUGCGGAUCCGGCCACUGGGGAUUUCAAUAUUUAGCCCACGAAGACCGGUUCAACGACGCGACACAAGUCGCUUCUAGCAAAACCUCGAUUGCCAUGAAUCCUAUUCGUGCAGGAGUUGAUAUCGUCAUGACGCAUGGCCCUCCACACACGAUACUCGAUCAAGUCGACGGUCAAAACCUCGGCUGCCCCAAUCUUCUUCGAGCCAUUGGACGUAUGCGACCACUUAUGCACUGCUUUGGACACAUUCACGAAGGAUAUGGAGCGAAUAUUUUCACGUGGAAUGCAGAUGGUAGUGUAAAGGAUCCAGCGUCAGCUACACCUAUGGAGACGGAACAAAAUAAUGACUAUCCGGAUACGAAUGAGUGGCCCAUUCGACGGGGGGGAGAAAACUCUUAUGGUUAA